AUGGCCCGGCACAUGGGGCUCCUGCUGGUUUGGGUCUGCCUGUUUCGUGGUGUGGUCGGUGGUGUGGUCGGCGGUCUAUUCAACAUUCUAGAAGAAGGCUUUGGUGCGGAGGGACUGCCCGCCAACCGGUCGUUUGAUGUCAACAAGGUGAUGCUCAAAUUCUUCAUCUUCAUCCUCACUAGAGCCAAAGCUCUGCUAUUGAGCGGCACAAUAACAUUUACUGCAGUCACAGCCAAUGACUCUGAUUUCAAAGGGCAGCAGCCCCUAGGAAGACAGUGGCUUGAUAACGUCUCUCUCAAUACACCCGGAAACAGAGGAAGAAUUUUGUUUUCUCUAGAUGGGGAGUGUGUCUUUCCAUUCCACUAUAAAAAUGGAACCUACUACGACUGCAUCAGGUCCAAGUCAAGACACAAGUGGUGCUCGUUAAAUGAGACUUACGAAGGAUACUGGAAGUAUUGCUCUGCCGAAGAUUUUGCAAGCUGCGUGUUUCCCUUCUGGUAUAGACGCUUGAUCUACUGGGAUUGUACUGACCACGGGGAAGCAUUUGGGAAAAAAUGGUGUUCACUGACCAAGAAUUUUAACAAGGACCGAAUUUGGAAAUACUGUGAAUGAUGGCGAGAUUUACCAGGGGAGGGGGAUGAAGAUGUUUAAUCGUUCUCCUUGGAAAGAACCUAUAGUUUUUGUUGGCAGAGGAGAACCCUUUCUCCUUAGAGAGGGGUUUUUUUAUUUUUUUAUUUUUUUUUUCUGGGAUGCGAGUUGAAGGUGAUCUAACUAAAUAACUAGAGGUUUUUGAUUAAGGAUUAUGGGGUUUUAAUAUGGAAAUCUGUAGUUUAGCCUCAGCACUUUAAUUGCUAACUGUGUAAAAUUAGUCCCUUUUAAAAAUUAAGUCUAUGGGGUAGGCGUGGUGGCUCAUGCUUAUAAUCCCAGCUCUUCGGGAGGCUGAAA